CAAAUAUCGUUCCCAUAAAAUGCUCCAUGGGUCUAUGGAGGAUCACUACAAAAAAGUUGGGCGAUAUUUAAGAGCCCUGAAGAAUUCCAGUCCUGGGACUGAAUUAGUAUUGGUCACCGAUGUUAAUAACGAGCUUUGUCGCCCGGUUUUUCAAAGGCUGUUCACAUGCUUUGAGGGGCUUCAAAAAGGGUGGAAGGAAGGGUGUAGGAAGGUGAUAUGUGUGGAUGCAUGCUUCCUAAAAACUUUUCUUGGUGGGCAGCUCUUAUGUGCUAUCGGAAGAGAUGGUAACGACCAAAUAUAUCCCAUUGCAUGGGCAGCCGUAGAAGGUGAAAACAACCGGUCAUGGGAAUGGUUUUUCAAGCUACUCCAAAAGUGUCUCGACUUGGAAGAAGGAGCAGACUUAGCUAUUAUUUCAGACGAGCAUCAGGCUAUCUUGAAUGCGGUUUCCAAAGUGCUUCCUCUAGCUGAGCAUAGACACUGUGCGAGGCAUAUUUUUG